AUGUUGAGUCAGACUUUCUCUGGAGUACCAUUGGCAUUGAUGAAAAGAGUUUCAGCAAAAAAGUCAGGAAAAAGAUCCAAAUACACACCAGAAAUGAAGUCCUUUGCACUCACUCUGCAGUUUUAUUCUGCUAAGGCAUACGAGUUUUUGAGAAAGACCUUCAAUAUUGCUCUUCCUAGCCAAUCACAGAUCAGGAGAUGGUAUGGCAAAGUUCAAGCAGACCCUGGGUUUACACAACCAGCAUUUAAUGCGUUGAAAGUGAAAGUGGAAGAUGCUGAAAAGAAUGGGAAAAAAGUUAUUUGCUCCCUAAUGAUGGAUGAGAUGGCAAUAAAGAAACAUAUCAUGGGAUGGGAAGAAAUAUAA